AUGAUUAAAACAUAUCAGCCUGAACUGAAGAGAUACAUGGGUUUGCGAAUGGACUUAAAACUGAACGGCAAUCGUAGCGUGACAGGCGUUUUAUGUGGAUUCGACGCCUUCAUGAAUGUCGUUAUCGAUGAAGCUGUGGAGAAUAUGAAGGUUACACUUUCCCCCAUACUUUAG